GUUUUGGUUUAUGCUAUGCUUUUUAAAAAUAAGCGUUGGCAUUUUAAACUUUUCAAAGUAGUAGCUUUGCACAGUAAGCAAAGAUGAGCAGCUCCAAUAAAAUGUUUGGAGACAAAGCCUUCGAUUUACUAAAAGAUCUGAAACGUUCGUCUCAAACGAUUCCCGCUUUCGAUGAUGACGGAGUGAGGCAGGUGCUGGAGGAAAUCAAGGCGAUAUUUGAAGAAAAUGUUGCGCAGGCUUCCAACUAUAACAGUUCCGGAGAUCGCAGUUUGUGGCCCCUGCUAAACUAUAGACAUGCCGCUCUGCAGCGAAACAAACGCUGUUUGCUAGCAUAUUUGUACGAACGGAUGCAACGCAUCAAAGCAAUGCGUUGGGAGUUUGGACCCAUCGUACCCGAUGACAUUAAGCAAUCAUUAUGUGAACCAGAAGUACAGCUCUUCAAUAACUACUCGAAAUCAUUGGCAUCGUACAUGCGUUCUGUGGGUGACGGACAAGGCAUUGACCUGACCAGCAAUUUGCGUCCACCCAAAUCACUAUACAUUGAAGUGCGCUGUGUUGAGGACUACGGAAAGUUUGAGCUUGAUGACGGAGAGGUGGUACAUUUAAAGAAGAACAGCCAACAUUACAUGCCACGCGCUCAGGUAGAGACGUUGGUACGUCAGGGCAUUUUGCAGCAUAUCGCUUAAGUUUCCAUAAAAACAUGAAUAAAGUAUUUAUCAUUUAUUAUUAA